AUGGCUCCUAUUGCGCGUCCUCUCUCUUCUGCGGCUGCAACAUGCGCCGCGCGCAUCGCUGUGCGGCUGCCUGCAACAGCAGCAGCAGCAGGCGUUCAGCAGCAGCAGCGCCAGCUACACACGUCGGGUGUCCGUACAGCUGGCACGAAGAUCUCCCCGUCGGAAAUGGCGAAGCUCCUCGAGCAGAGGAUCGGCGGAUGGACGGCUCAGCAAAGCACGGCAGGAGAAGUUGGACGCGUUUUCUCUGUAGGAGAUGGUAUUGCGCGUCUUUUAGGGCUGGGAAAUGUCAAGGCAGGCGAACUCGUCGAGUUUCAGUCUGGCGUCCUCGGCAUGGCACUCAAUCUUGAGCGAGACAAUGUUGGGGCCGUGAUUUUCGGCGAUGAUCGAUCAAUAUGCGAAGGUCACUCGGUAAAGAGGACAGAGAGAAUUGUUGAUGUGCCUAUUGGUCCUGAACUUCUUGGUCGUGUUGUUGACGGCUUGGGAAAUCCCAUCGACGGAAAGGGCCCCAUCAACGCCAAAGAGAGAAGGCGAGUUGAACUGAAGGCUCCAGGAAUCAUGCCAAGAAAGAGUGUGCACGAGCCUAUGGUAACAGGCUUAAAGUGUGUCGAUGCUCUGGUGCCUAUUGGACGGGGGCAACGCGAGCUUAUUAUCGGCGAUCGACAGACAGGGAAGACUUGUGUUGCAAUUGAUGCCAUCCUCAAUCAGAGAGACACCAAUGCAAAGGCUAAGUCUGAGGCGGAGAAGUUGUACUGCGUUUACGUCGCCGUUGGACAAAAGAGAUCCACUGUGGCCCAAAUUGUUCGAACCUUAGAACAACACGGCGCAAUGAAUUACACGACGGUUGUUGCAGCCACUGCUUCCGAUGCAGCCCCUCUGCAGUUUCUUGCACCGUAUUCUGGAUGUGCCAUGGGCGAGUGGUUUAGAGAUAACGGCCGUCACUGCCUGAUUAUUUAUGAUGAUCUUUCGAAGCAAGCGACGGCGUAUCGGCAAAUGUCGCUCCUCUUGAGGCGACCCCCAGGGAGAGAAGCGUAUCCUGGAGACGUUUUCUACUUGCAUUCUCGACUCCUGGAGAGGGCAGCGAAGAUGAACGAAGCCAACGGGGGUGGCAGUCUGACCGCUUUGCCAGUAAUUGAGACGCAAGCAGGUGAUGUGUCUGCUUACAUCCCGACAAACGUCAUCUCAAUCACUGAUGGACAGAUCUUCCUCGAGACCGAACUCUUCUACAGAGGCAUUCGUCCAGCUAUCAAUGUUGGUCUGUCGGUUAGCAGAGUCGGCUCCGCUGCUCAAGUGCAGGCGAUGAAACAAGUGGCGGGAACUAUGAAGCUGGAUUUAGCGCAGUUCCGUGAAGUCGCUGCAUUUGCACAAUUCGGCUCCGAUUUAGAUGCUUCCACCCGGCAGCUGUUGGUGAGGGGGGCGGCCUUGACAGAAAUUUUGAAGCAAAAACAAGCGUCACCCAUGAAAAUUCCAGUUCAGGUGUGCGUGCUCUACUGCGGUGUGAAAGGAUAUCUAGAUGCUUUGGACCCUAAGGAAAUCAGCAAGUUUGAGAGUCUCUUUGUGAAGCAUCUCGAGGAGAACCACCUUCAGCUCAUUGAGACUAUUGAGCGGGAGAAGAAACUCUCUGAGGAAAGCGAGGCUACGUUGCGCUCGCUUAUCGAGAACUUCCUUUCUGCCAACGAGUUCAAGAAGAGAUAA